AUGGCACCACCUCGAGAUAUCGAGCUCAACACCGUGCAAAACCUCAAAAUCAAAGAAGAGUCCCUCACGCACGGCAGCUCCUACAGCAUGCGUGAGCCAGACUACCUCGACGACCGGCCGCCGGCCCGCUUCCACCGAUUCCUCGACGGCUUCAAGCGCGACACAAACCUUUCCUUCUUCCCGAGCGACCACCUCAGCCAGGUGAACAGCCAGUCUACCCAACGCCGAUAUGGAGCGCAUUACUACGAUCUGCGUCUGGCGGCGCUGGAAUCCGCAAAUACCGGAUUGGCGAGGAAGCUCAAGGGGAGACACUUGCAGAUGAUUGCGAUAGGUGGCUCCAUAGGUACCGGACUUUUCGUCGCUUCAGGCAAGGCUUUGGAGUCUGGCGGCCCUGCCUCGCUGCUUAUUGCGUUUAGCAUUGUUGGAAUUAUGUUGUAUUGCACAUGUCAGGCUCUGGGUGAAUUAGCGGUUCUGUUUCCCAUUGCUGGAUCUUUUUCCUCGUGGGCGACGCGGUUUCUGGAUCCGUCGUGGGGAUUUGCAAUGGGUUGGAACUACGCAUUGCAAUGGCUUACGAUUUUGCCACUCGAAAUCAUUGCCGCAUCGUUGACAAUCAGCUACUGGGGCGAGACGAUACCCAAGGCCGUUUUUGUUGCCGUUUUUCUCUUUGUAAUCCUAUUGAUUAAUCUCUUUGGCGUCAAGGGCUAUGGCGAAGCCGAGUUUACCUUUUCGAUCAUCAAAGUCAUUGCCGUUAUCGGCUUCAUUCUUCUCGGCAUCGUCCUCAACUGCGGCGGAACACCAGACAGAGGCUACAUUGGCGGAGAAUUCUGGCAAAACCCAGGCGCAUUCAACAAUGGCUUCAAGGGCCUCUGCAGUGUCUUUGUCACCGCAGCAUUUGCUUUCACAGGCACCGAACUCGUCGGACUCGCAGCCGCCGAAACCGCCAACCCUCGAAAAUCCCUCCCCACAGCCAUCAAACAAGUCUUUUGGCGGAUAACGCUCUUCUACAUCGUGGCCCUGACGCUCGUGGGCCUUCUAGUGCCGUACGACGACCCCCGCCUCAUAGGUGGCACCAGCAAAGCCGAUGCCAAAGCGUCCCCCUUUGUCAUUGCCAUUGAAGAAGCCGGCAUUGAAGUCCUACCCUCCGUAAUGAACGCCGUCAUCCUCAUCGCCGUUCUCUCCGUCGGCAACUCCGCCGUCUUUGGUUCCUCACGAACCCUCGCCGCCCUCGCCAACCUCCGACAAGCGCCCCAAAUCCUCGGCUAUGUCGACAAACGGGGCCGACCCCUCGUAGCCAUCCUUAUCGCCGCACUCGUCGGCCUCCUCGCCUUCCUCGCCGAUCUCAAAGAGCAAGGCACCGUGCUGGACUGGCUCCUCGCCAUUUCCGGCCUCUCCACCGUCUUCACAUGGACCUCCAUCUGCUUCUGCCACAUCCGCUUCCGCCGCGCGUGGGCCGCCCGCGGCCGCAGCCUCAACGACAUGGCCUACAAUUCGCAAGUCGGCGUCAUAGGCUCCUACGUCGGCUUCAUCCUCAACGUCCUCGUCCUCAUUGCCCAGUUCUGGGUCGGCGCCUUCCCCAUCGGCUGGGAGAACAUGUCCGCCAGCGCUGUCACACAAAAUUUCUUCCUCAAAUUCAUGGGCGUCCCCAUCAUCUUCUUCUUCUACAUCUUCCACAAGCUAUUCUUCAGAACUAGAUUUGUGAAGGUUCCCGAUAUGGAUAUCGAUACUGGCCGGCGAGACUUUAAUCUACCCAUUCUGUUUGCGCAGGAGAAGGAGGAGAGGGAAGGGUGGCCCAGGUGGAAACGGUUUUACAAGUUUAUGUGUUGA